AUGCACGCUACUGCGGAUAUGGCUGGCACGCCGGACCGUAAUCUAAUGGAGGAGGGUAGCCAUGCUGGAGAGGCAGGCAACAGCUACCUCGAGGGGGAGAGGUACCCCCGUUCAUCAUCGUUGAGCUGCUUCUCGACGACUGAUGAAGUUAUGCGUGAGGACUCGCACUUGCAUGUGCUACAGACAGGGUUGACGGUACAUGUCAUAGUUGACGAGUCACCUCGUCUUAGUGAAAUGGCUGUCGUGGGUGCACGUUGUCAAGACUUCAGCAUGUAA